GAAAUUGCUUUUUUUUUUUAAAUAAUAACGGCUCCUGGAGAUUUUAGGGGAUGAGUUAUCAGCUAAAUUUGGCAUAUGAAAUACGGGUUUGGCUCAGUUUAUGAUAAAUCCUCAUAUUUUUCCACUGUAUAAAAUAUGCCUAAAUUUUAAAAAAAACACGUCUUGCUUCUUGGCCCUAUGGUAUAAGAACAACAUAUAACUGAGUACAACGUUACUUGAGUCUAUUAAUAUUCAUGACAAACAGAGUUUAGCUGGAAUUUGCAUCUCCUGAUUUGCAUACAUUCACAUCUGGCUGCAGUUCUGUCAUUGAAUAUCAAGCAACUUCAAUUCUGCAUGAAACUGUAUUUGGUAUGUAUGGUUUUCUCAGAUGUAGUAUUGUUUUUAUGACACCCAGCAACGAAUCAGCUCUAUCCAAAUGCCAUUUCAUUUACAUAAUCAUUCAGUGGGAGCCAAUUAAAUUCUAGUGGGCGUGGAUAGGUCCUCACGCCGGGUUGAUGUUUUCAAUUUGUAUUUGUUUUCUUCAUUUGAGAAUGGCGACUGCUGCGUGCGGUACGCACGACACUUUAGGCAUUGAUGCAGCCAAACCGAAUAAAGAGCACUUGCGGAAAAGUAAAGACUCACGCAGGAGACAGGCAGCUCUCUUGUUCCUCAAUAACAUUUCCCUUGACGGACGGCCCAUAUUCCAACUAAGCAAUGGGACCAACAGCCACGCAGACGAUGAGUUUCAAGGCGUCAACGCCGGUGAGACAGCGGCCAGGCUGUCCACAGCUAGCAGCUAUGGAACGGUCACCCAUCUGUCACCCUCUGUGAGCGGGGGCAUAACCACUCCUAUCCCAAGGAUCGGGGUUAUCAACGUCCCACCUAUUCUUGUCCUACCAACAGACUCAGGGUUCAAUGAUGUUGGUAAUAAUGACACAUUUUUGGAGAGGGGAAGGGUCGGUUCUUUCUGUUCCCAGGGAAACCUGCUUUCCCCCACUGGACACCAGACUCCAUUUGGAGCAAGGAAAUCGCCGACACUGCUGUCAGUAGACAGUUGCAACUCGAUGACUUUGGAUUCUCGACAGAGCAGGUCACGCAACUCAUCGGGCUCCCCCAGGCCCCGGCCGGUGAAGAAGGUCCACUUCAUCAAGAACAUGAGGCAGUAUGACACCCGCGGCAGCAGAAUCGUACUGAUAUGUGCCAAAGGAUCUCUGUGUGCUGCUUUCUCAGUGCUGCCGUAUGGGGAGGGCUUCUACAUCAGUGAACCAAAGCUGGAGACUCACAGACACAGGCGCUCCUCUGGGGCCACUGCGCUGGAGAUGCUGCCUGGGCUGGAGGAUGUGGAGCUGGGGGCUUAUGGCAGGACGGUGUCCUACGCCAGGUUCCUCUACCCCACCAACGCCCUGGUGAGGCAGAAGCCCAUGGACAUCGCCAUUCAGGUGCCCCUCUCUCGUGGCAGCAUCUCCAGGAGCUACGCCCCUUCAAGGCUGAACAGCACCGUAGGCCUCGACCUGGGUAUGGAUGACCUGCCAGACUACGACCCCAAUCUGCUGAGUGACCCCCAGUGGCCCUGCGGCAAGCACAAGAGGGUCCUGAUCUUUUCCUCCUACAUGACAACUGUGAUUGAGUAUGUGAAGCCUUCGGACCUGAAGAAGGACAUGAACGAGGCAUUCAAGGAAAAGUUCCCGCACAUCAAGCUGACACUGAGCAAGAUCAGAAGCCUGAAGAGGGAGAUACGUGUGGUCAGCGAGGAGUGUGGCCUGCAGCCGGUCACCGUGGCGAUGGCCUUUGUGUACUUUGAGAAGCUGGUGCUGCAGGGGCGGCUAAACAAGCAAAACCGAAAGCUGGUGUCAGCAGCCUGUGUGCUGCUGGCUGCCAAGAUCAGCAGUGACAUGAAGAAGCAGGAGGUCAAAGUGCUCAUCGACAAAUUGGAGGAGCGUUUCCGCGUCAACCGCAGGGAGCUGAUCCCAUUCGAGUUCACCAUCCUGGUCGCCCUGGAGAUGGCGCUGUACCUCCCGGAGAGCAAAGUCAUGCCUCAUUACCGGCAGCUGGUGCAGCAGCCCUGACUGUGGACUUCAGCAUGGCCUGAAUAUCGGCAAAAACACGUAUAAGCACACGACAAGCAACCAACACGGCCAGCAGCGAGUCAAACCAAGCAGGGGGGAUUCUUCACAGUGAGAGGAUGAGGGGAUGAAGACGAGGAGGAGGAGGAGGAGGAGUGAGGGAACAAAUCCCAGUGCAGCUCACUUGGGCCCUACGAGGUCAGCGGUUGGCACAUAGUGAAGUGAGAUGUCACCAUAUGAAUUCUUUUAUUUUAAGAAUGAAAUAUGAUUAUUUUUGUUUGUUGUUCUGUUACCAGAGUGUCUCCUUCCAAUCUGUGUUUAAGCAGUAAGAUAAUAUGUAUCACAAUCAUAGUUAUAGCUGACGAAGCAUAUCCUUCGGGAUGCUGAGCAGACGCAGCUGUGUGUUUUAGUCUUAUAUAACCGCGUGCUAGGCUAUAGCUUAUGCAAAAGAGUCUGAUCCUGUGGCCACCCCUGGAUGGCCUGGUUUUCCCAAUGUAAAAGCACAAUGAUGCUCUCUAAAGUCCAGUCGGGUUAUCAUAUGGGCAUCAUGUCUGGUGCUGGUUCUAGGUCUUCCCUGUCCUCCAAAAACAUGUAGCAAUGUGGUUUUACAUUAUCAGUAGCUUUUUUAUUGUGAUCUGGCUCCCUUUCUGAAUUCAAAGAUUCAGCUCUCCUACGAUUGUUCUCCAAGAUCUUCCUUCUCUACAUGUUCUGUAAUAACAAAAGAUUCAAGAGGGAAGUGUCCCAGAUUCCAAUGUGUAUGAAUGUGGAGUAUUAAUUCACAUUUCGUCAAAAAUAUUUCACUUUUUUUUUUGUUAUUUGUAAUUAGUUUAUUUAGACAAAGAAGGGAUGCACAAUAACCAACACCUUUUUGCACUAUCCAUGCAAUAUUAUUUCAUAGACAGUCUUUUUUUGUUUGUUUUUUGGGUUUUUGGCUUCCUUUGUAUAUUAUUUUUAUUUUAUUUUUUGGUCAUAUAUUCAAACUUCUCUGUUAUGUGUUAUAAAUUAUAGUUAUAGAACAGUAAGUAAGUAAGUUUAAGUGCACUGAUGUUAAAAAAUGAUAAGUAUUCUUGUCCAUCAAUUGCAAGCUUAACUGUUAUUUUAUAUGAUAUGUUUGCUCUUCCAAAUCUUGCUGGGAGGUAUUAUAGCAUUAAGAUGUUCUUCCUGGCAAACAUAAUACUCUAUAUUAGAGAUUUCAUUAUGAAGCACAUUAAUAGUGCUGUUGCAUUAUCAUUUUCACCUGUCCCCGGUUUUUAUUGUAUUGUCAGUGCUUCAUUAUGAAGCAUGUUAACGGUGUUGUAAUGAUUUCCACGCAUCUGCAGUUUUUAUAGUAUUGUCAGUAAAUGUGUGCCACUGUCUUCUCCUUUGACGCAAAUCUUUAUGCAUUUCCUCUUGGGAUUAUGUUUAAAUAAGCACAGCCUAGUGAACCUUUACAAUGAUGAGAGGUUUAUUGUUAUUUGUUUAUAUAUAUAUAUAUAUAUAUAUAUAUAUAUAUCAUAGAAUUUGGAGAAAAGGGAUUAGACACUGAAUCUGUAUUUUUGUGUGUGUAUGUAUGAAUGUGUGCAUGUGUGUGUGUGUGUGUGUGUGUAUGAUCAUUGUGUGCAUUUCCCCUCCAAAUAUACUUUUAAUCUUAUAAUCUAGAAUCACGUUCGGUCACUUGCACUUUAUUUACAGUGAGGCUGGUACAUCAUAGUGUCACAGUGUAUGUAUAUACGGAAGAUAAACAACUUGGUGUCCUGUGUGUUAAUUCAAUCCCUGCCUGUUACAUUGCUGUUUGAAAAGUAAUGUUGAAAAGCAUUGCAUUAUAUUUUGUACUAUUGAUACAUAUGCCACCUUGUGGUUAGAAUUGCAAUAACCAUGUAAAUGCAUUCAUAGGACAAAUCUUGUAUUUGUCGUCAAAUAUAUUUUGUUUUCUCAGGAACUAUUUACGAGUAAUACAGAUUUAUAUUUUCACUAUAUUUUUCCCUUUUUUCAUUUUAAUAUGUAUUAUCUGUGUUUAUUCAUAGUGAAACUGUUCUUUGGGAAUUGUAAUUUGAGUGGUGUUGUAACCCUAAACAGGACGUAUUGUUCUAUAACUACCUAAUAGAAACUUCCACAAUCAAUGAGGGGGCUUGUUUUGUAGCAUGCUUUCUUUUCACUGAAAUCUGCAUAGAUGCAUAAUUUUUCUUAAAGAUGUCUGAACAGGACAAUCAUUACAUGUUUUAACCUUUCUCAGUCUUCCUCAGUCAGUGGUGGUUAGGUUUCUUUCUUAACUGCUUAGAUUUCUUGUCAACUGCAGAGUCUAAAAGGCUGAGAACAUGUAUCAGUGGACUUGGCUGUGGAUUGAAUUGCAUGCUGGGAAGGCCCUUACUAGAUCUCCUUGAAUUAUGAGAGCAUUUGAAAGCAAUAGGAAAGAAAAGUAUACUGACAUAACUCAUGAUAGGGAAUUUUGUAUGAUGCCCUAAAAUGGAGACUGAGAGAUGUUUCGUAUUGAUUUUUACAAAGUGCCUGAAAAAGAAGCACUGAUUUGUGUGUUCCGAAUUAGCAAUUGAAUCAGGUCGCAGUGCCAAUUCUCUGUAAUUUGUGUUGCUUUAUUUAUGGUAUUGGUUGAGAACUGAUUUGGCAGGAAAUACAAUAUUUUACUGUUUGCAUUGUUAUGUAACUUUCGUUUGACCAAAGCUUUGACACCCCAGCACUUGUUGUGCUUCCUAUGGCAGUGAUUAAAUAGAGGGUAAAUAUGAUUGAUCCUGCUAGGUGACACCCCAGCAUGGCUUAAAUCCUUGUCAAUACCCCCCCCCCCUCGGUAUUAUAUUGACAGUUCUGCCUCAGCGCUAGGUUACUUUCAGUAUAGUCUGACAAAUGUUAGGUAUUGAAGUGGUGUAGCGAUGCUGCUCUUCUACAAAAUGCACAGGUGAGAAAUAUAUUGUCUUUCUUAAAUUAAGAAGGCUUAAGAAGAGUAGUUGAUACUGUUAUUUCAAAAAGGGGUUUCCCAUGUAUUUCAUUUGCAAUUGUAUUAUCACAAGCACCAUUUCACUAUCCUAUGUGCAACUUAGGAGUGUCUUAUCCUCAUGUAUCUUAGGGGUCCCAUUAAUUAUGUCCUGAAUGGUGCAUAAUGUAUUUAUAAUUAUGACUUCUUAUAUUGUAUUUGUGUGAAUAAACUCAUUUUAAAUAGUUUUUUUUUCCAUCA